CGAUCGAAAGAGAAAAAGAGGCUAAACUACCAAAGUUAUCUCCACUUCACAAGAAACGCGUAAAUAAAGGGAUACGAUGCCGUGGAAAGAACUUUACUAUGAACGUACAUUCCAGUGAAGAACAAAUGCCUAAUCCCGCAAAAUUAUUAUGGCAAUCACAAGAAUCAUUAUCAGACCAUAUUAAUGAAUUAGAAAUCACUGAUUCUGAAGACGAUGAAAACGAUUCAGAAUGGCGUAAAAGUUUUAUCGAAACGAUUAUGGAAAUUGAGUCAAAAGGUGGAUUGAUUGAAAGCGAUUACCCCAGAAAUCCUUUUCUAAUUAUGCCAGAAAAUUCAGACAAAAACGAUGAUUUAAUAAGUGAAGCAUCGUGCUCUUCACAAUAUGAUUUGUUAACGCGCUCAAAACGCGAACAAAAUUUAUCGAUUAUGAGAGAUUCCCCAAAUAACCCAUUCCUUUCAUCGUCUACUGUUGGAUCGGGCAAUAAAGUCAAUGAAUACCAAUUCGCACAAGUCUUCCGUGGCGUACGUUAUCCGGUUCCACCAUCGUAUUAUGAUCAUCCUUAUGGCGAAGAUGAUGUCAUAGAAAAUGGCACGAUUCGUUCAUUCGGAAAAUCCAUUAAACCACGAUGUAUAUUACCACUUUUAAAAGCGGAGGCUGAGAGACCAACGUCUGUUGAUGCCGGCGGAGAAAUGCGUUAUGUAAAUAAACCUAUAACAGUAGCAAAUGUAACGGAUGUGACGAAUAUCAUGAAUAAUCAUGAGAUUGAAGAUGUGUCUGAUGAUUCAUCAGCUCCGGAAUCUGAUUCACAGAGUACAAGAAUUACAGACUAUGCUAAACGAGCUAAACGUUAUCGAUAUUAUCCAUAUACUAAAUCAACAGUUACCAAUCCUCGGACAACAAAUCACGAGAUGGAAAAUUGA